AUGGCAGAGAAAAAGGACGUUUACGUAGGUUUUGAUUUCAGUACCCAGCAGAUAAAAGUAAUUGCUGUGAAUGAUCAGCUUGAUGUGGUCCAUGAAUCAGCCGUACAGUUUGAUGUGGAUUUACCAGAAUUCAGGACACAAGGGGGCGCUCACACACAUGAUGACAAACUGACCGUAACCUCACCCACUAUAAUGUGGGUUAAAGCAAUGGACAUGGUGUUGGAUAAAAUGAAAGAAAGAGGGUUUGAUUUUCAUCGAGUUGUGGCUCUGUCUGGUACAGGACAGCAACAUGGCAGCGUGUUUUGGAAAAAUGGAGCUAGUGCAAUAUUGAAGAAUUUAGAGCCCGGCAAGCCUCUACAUGAACAAUUAAAAGAUCAGUUUAGUGUCAGAGAUUCCCCAAUAUGGAUGGAUUCCAGUACAACACAGCAAUGCAGGAAUCUUGAAGAUAGGCUUGGGGGCGCUCAGAGAGUGUCUAACAUCACAGGAUCCAGGGCUUAUGAGAGGUUUACUGGUAACCAGAUUGCUAAGAUAUUUCAAACACAACAGGAAGCAUAUAACAAUACAGAGAGGAUAUCUCUAGUCAGUAGUUUUGCAGCCUCGUUAUUUCUUGGUGAAUAUGCUCCCAUAGAUCACAGUGAUGGGUCUGGUAUGAAUUUGAUGGAUAUAAAUUCUUUGCAGUGGUGUAAUGAUGCAUUGGAUGUGUGUGCUCCAAAUCUGAAAAGUAAACUUGGAUCAUUGGUUCCUGCAUUCCAAAACAUAGGCCACAUUUCUCCAUAUUUGGUUAAUAAAUAUGGAUUUUCACCAGACUGUGCUGUAAUAGCAUUCACUGGAGACAAUCCAGCUUCACUUGCUGGUAUGAGAUUGGCUGAGGGAGACAUUGCAAUAACUCUUGGAACAAGUGAUGGGUUGUUUCUAUGGUUACAACAUCCCAAACCUGCUCUAGAAGGACACAUAUUUGCUAAUCCAGUGAAAGGAGACGCAUACAUGGCACUGCUAUGUUUUAAAAAUGGUUCAUUAACAAGAGAAAAUAUCAGAAAUAAGUGUGCUGAUGGUUCAUGGGAAAAUUUGAACAACCUCAAUGCGUCACCGAUGGGUAACCAUGGCAAUAUAGGUAUAUAUUUUGAUGUUCAAGAGAUCACACCACAUGCUGUCGGAAUUCAUCGAUUUGAUUGUGAUAACAAGAGAGUUGAUUCCUUUCCGAUUGAGACUGAGAUUCGAGCUGUGAUUGAAGGACAGUUUAUUGCGAAAAGACUGCAUGCUGAGAACCUAGGAUAUAGACUAGACACGGCACAUCAUGUUCUUGCCACCGGGGGCGCUUCAACAAACAAAGCUUUACUACAAGUAUUAUCAGACGUGUUCAAUAAACCUGUCUAUGUACAAGACAUUGCAAACUCAGCUAGUUUAGGAUGUGCCUACAGAGCUAAACAUGGUCUACUUGAUGGGAAAGUAUCGUUUUCUAGUGUUGUGAGUGGAUGUAAAUCAGAGUAUAAACUGGCAGCAGAACCGCACCAGACGCUGACAAGAUCUACACUCCACUGACUGCAAGGUAUAAAGUAUUGGAAGAAAGCCUUGUGUGAAACUGAAUACAGCCUUGUGUGAGCCUUUUGAGAAUAACAGGGAGAAGAAAAAAUUAAAUUUAAUUAAGAGACUUCUGAUUUGACAGUGGACUUCUAAUCAUUCUGGCUUAGAGCUUCUACUCUACACCUUAUUUUCAGUGUCUACCCAUUGACAAUGUACACUGGUGUUUACUAUGUAAAUAUGAUUAAUGAUGAAGAUUAUUGACAUUUCUUACUUGAUUUCUGGAGCUGAGAAAAUUAAUAUACAUUCUUAUUAAUUAAAAAUAAAUUUGAAUAUCUUAUGGACAGCGAUAAAAUAUCAUUAUGUAUGCAACUUAAACAGCAACACGCAUCUUAAUUGACAUUUGUUUUUUUGCAUUUUGUGUAGUUUUAUUUAUUUUAUUCUUUUAAUUGUAAUCUUUUUCAUUCCUUCCAAUAUUCCUUCUUUCAUUCUGUC